UUGCUGGCUCAUUUUUGUAACGGUACUGCGUCUGUACGGGAGUGUCCAACUGUUGGGCAAGCGAUCGGGCAAACAGAAUGAUAAGCGAGUGACAAGUGGACUAUUUGUUCCAAGUGGAUAAUGUAGGUCGGUUAUAGGUAGUUUGUUUUGUUAAUUGCUAGAAAUCUGAGGAUAAUUAUCAGCUCUUGACGCUGUCAUCUAGUGUACCGUGUGAGAUUUUGUGCUGGAGUGAACGCUCUGUGGUGAAGUUACAGUAAACAGUUCGUUGGUGGUUAUCUGGAGUGUGUCGCGAUGGCAGAAGCAGCAGCCGCCGCUGGCACUAACCCCAACGCGGAAAUAGUGCGUGGCCAGGUGUUCGAAGUGGGCCCCAGAUACACAAACCUCCAGUAUAUUGGGGAAGGAGCGUACGGGAUGGUUGUGUCGGCCUUCGACAACGUGAAGAAGACGAAAGUCGCCAUUAAGAAAAUAUCGCCAUUCGAACACCAGACAUACUGUCAAAGGACGCUACGAGAAAUCAAAAUUUUGACCCGGUUUAAGCAUGAAAAUAUUAUUGAUAUACGGGAUAUUUUAAGAGCAGAAACUAUUGAUCAAAUGAAAGACGUCUACAUCGUACAGUGCUUAAUGGAAACGGACCUCUACAAAUUGUUAAAAACACAGAAAUUAAGCAACGAUCACAUCUGUUACUUCCUAUACCAAAUUCUGCGAGGGCUCAAGUACAUUCACUCGGCGAACGUUCUGCACAGAGAUCUUAAGCCCUCCAACCUAUUACUGAACACCACCUGUGAUUUGAAGAUUUGCGACUUCGGUCUGGCGAGAGUAGCGGACCCCGACCACGACCACACCGGCUUCCUCACGGAGUACGUCGCCACUCGCUGGUACAGAGCCCCGGAGAUUAUGCUCAACUCCAAGGGCUACACCAAGUCGAUAGACAUCUGGUCUGUGGGCUGUAUCCUGGCGGAGAUGCUGUCGAACAGACCCAUCUUCCCGGGCAAGCACUACCUGGACCAGUUGAACCACAUCCUCGGAGUUCUGGGAUCGCCCAGCCGCGAGGACCUGGACUGCAUCAUCAACGAGAAGGCCCGCGGCUACCUGGAGUCGCUGCCGUUCAAGCCGCGCGUGCCUUGGGCGGAGCUGUUCCCCGGGGCAGACGCGCGGGCGCUUGACCUGCUGCAUCGCAUGCUGACCUUCAACCCGCACAAGCGCAUCACCGUGGAGGAGGCGCUCGCGCAUCCCUACCUCGAGCAGUACUACGACCCCAACGACGAGCCAGUGGCGGAGGAGCCCUUCAGGUUCGCGAUGGAGCUGGACGACCUGCCCAAGGAGACGCUCAAGAAGUACAUCUUCGAGGAGACGCUACUGUACAAGCAAACAAACGAAGGCGCGUAAGCGGCGACACAGCGCAAGGACCAAGGUCAGGCGUAGUCUGCAUGCAAACUCCACGUUUUGUUUUCUUCUGUUCAAUGGUUGACAGACGGUAACAACGUUCCUGAGAUAUUGCAUUGAUGACAUCACUUUUUGGGUUUUAUCUUGCUUAUCAAAUACGCCGUGAGUAAUUCAACAGUAUUCCGCUAAGCAUACGAUUCAAAUAACAAGCUAUCUGAAGGAAAUAUAAAGAGGAAAACCGUAGUGUUUGCAUGCAGAUAAGCUGGGCCGCACGGAGUGGACUGUCAUGGCGGCGUCACGUCGCAUGUGGUCGGUUAACCAAAGCGUAUAGUUAACCAUGAUGUUGUAUUUUCUCUAAGUAUUCGACGUUUUGGACUUGUCAGUUUAAUA